AUGCCAGCUCCGUACAACACAAACACAACAACAACCGAACUAGUCACCGACUACAAAGCCCUAAUCAAAGACAAAGUCAUCCUCACAACAGGCGUAACACCCGGUUCUCUAGGCGGAACAUUCGUCCAAUCUCUCGCAAACGCUGAACCAGCAUAUCUAAUCCUAGCAGGCCGCAAUACCGCCAAACUAGACCAAUGCGUGAAUGAGCUGCAAACCGCGAACCCAAACAUGAAGACUCGCACUUUACAAAUUGAUCUGGGAUCAUUGAAAAGUGUUCGAGAUGCGGCGGCACUGGUCAACAGUUGGACUGACAUCCCUGCUAUUGAUGUCCUCGUCAACAACGCUGGCAUCAUGGCCACCGAGUAUGGUCUUUCCGACGAUGGAGUCGAGUCCCAGUUUGCGACUAAUCAUCUUGGUCCGUUCCUUUUCACAAACCUGAUCAUGCAGAAGAUUUUGAAGUCGGAGACUCCGAGGGUUGUCAUGGUUACUAGUGAUGGACAUCGGUUGAGUCCUAUUCGGUUUGAUGAUCAUAAUUUUGAUGGCGGCAGGACAUACAACAAAUGGGUAGCCUAUGGCCAGGCUAAAACAGCCAACAUGUUAAUGGCACUUUCACUUUCCUUAAAGCUGGGCGUCAAGAAGAGUCUACUUGCGUUUAGUCUGCACCCUGGUGUCAUCUUUACCAAUCUAGGUAGCCAUCUCGAUUGGAGUGGUGAUGUUGGACUGCAAUCCAUCGAUAGACAGCUUGGUAAUCGGGAGGGAUGGGCUGACUUUAAUCUCAAGACGCUGGAGCGUGGUGCUGCCACUCAUGUCUAUGCAGCCUUUGAUCCUGUUCUCAAAGCGAAUAACGGCGCCUAUCUUAUUGACUGCCAUGUCGCUGACCCGUUGGUUGAUACCGUCAAGCCAUGGGGUACUAACCAUUUGGAGGCGGAGAGGUUAUGGAAGCUGAGUGAAGAGUUGGUUGGUCAAGAGUUUGCUUACUAG